UUAAAUCUGGUUACUGAUGGAUGUAUUUUACUCCAAUGUGUCUCAGCCAAUCGCAUCCACCGAGAUAGACAGCUGACUUUUUUUUUGUUGCUCUUGUUGUAAAAUGUAGGGUUAAAAAGAAGCACAGAAUACGCCUAACAAUAAAAUGAAAUUGUGGAAAGACUUGUAAGGCAGGCUGGUAAGAGUCAGGGUCCGGUGAAUGGAGGUCACCGCAAACACGGAGUGAGUGUCGGCGGUGGGAGAGAGAGGAGAGAGAGGGAGGACGGACAGCGGCCAGCCGCCUUCAAAAAUGGCGUCUCCGGAGGAAAAUGAGUGAAAAAUAUUAAAACGCGGCCUGCUUUCUUUAUACUUCCUCGUUCGUUUUUUUUGUUUUUUCCUUUCGUACUCUGGUUGGCAUUUUGCUCCAGUGUGAGCAAAGCCGUCGUCACCUUUUUUUUGUCUCGAGUGGCCGGAGAAAGCAGAAAAAUGGGCAGCUAAGUUAGCAUUUGUGGAAAUAAAGGCAAGCCCUGUUAUAUUUUGAUGCGUCGUUGCUGACAGCUAGCAUCUGCUGCUAGCCUUUACAGCUCUGCUCCGGAGGGGGGUGGGAACGAUUUGCAUGCAAACACAGAGGAGAAAAAAAAGAAAGGAUUUUGAAAUUGGGGAUUUCUUUGCUCCGUCUAUGGGGAAUGAUUGCGACCAACGUGGCCUGUCGAUUGCAAUAUUUUCUAGCGCUAGCAGCAUAGCAAAAACUAGCCUAAAGAAAGGGGAGGAGAGACGGGGGAAAAAAAGGACGCAUUCAAAUCAAAUGUUUAUCAGCAUUUCGCUCCAUCACCGGCCAAACCCGCGGCAUCUUCAUCAUGACCGCCACUGAUUUUGGAGGAAAUCUGCAUUCGUGGAAAUGAUAAACGUAAGAGACGAAGGAAAAGGAGAAAGACUGGCUUUUUUUGGAGGUGGUUGGAUUAUAACCCCGUAGACCCCCCUCUUUUUUUCAUCCAGCUUUCUCCUCCUCCCCUCCAUUUCUCUUUCAAUAUGCUGUUUUCCACUCCUGAGGACUUGCUUAUGAAACCGGGGAAAAUAGCCUGAAACCGAGCACGGGAAAGACUGGAUUUUUUUCCGUAAUCUGCUCUGCGACUUUCUUGUUGCUUUCGUCCCCAUCGCACCCAUUGUACGCCACAUAAAUGGAUAGAAAUUACCCGGGAACAGGAUUUGGCGAUUUGGGCGCUGGAGCAGGAUGGAGUUACGAGAGAUCGGCAAAAGCAAGUCUUGUAUAUGGGAGUUCCAGAUCAUCCCACCCUGAGUCUGAGCUCCUUCACCGACAAGCCUACGCCACCCCACACCCUCUGCAGGGUUAUGCCACCAAUCACCACCCAGGGAGCUCUGGCCAAGGCGGAGCUUGGGGAGCAGCUGGACGGAGUCUGGGUCUGUCGGGGCUCUUUGACACUGGUCUGCACCAUGCCAGCCCCUCCGCCCCCGAUGCCUCUGUCAUGAAUCUGAUCUCAGCCCUGGAGUCCCGAGGUCCCCAGCCUCCGCCUUCAGCCUCCUCCCUUCUCUCCCAGUUCCGCACGCCAUCCUGGCAGACAGCGAUGCACACGCCUGCUCCUCCAGAACUAUUCAUCUCUGGAGCCCUUCCUGGUUCUGGCUCCUUCCCCUCCUCCUCAGCUCUCUCAGCCUAUCAGCACCCAGCAUCCUUUUCCAGCCGCUCUUUCCCCACCGGCUCCCUCUCCCUCCAGGACACCCCCACGUUUAGCCCCACAUCCAACGGCCUGCUCUCCCCACACGACCCCCUGCUACACAUCAAGGCUCCUUCCCAGUCUAGCCUGGGUUUUGAUAGACUCCUGUCCUCGCAGGGUGCUGCUGCAGCUGCCUAUAGGGGCAGCCAGGAUCCCACGGGUGCCACGUCAGCCCAGGCGUCCUCUGCCAGGCAUCUGCAAUCGCACCAGUUCAACCUGCUGUCGUCACAGCUUCAGGACCAGUCCUCCCAGCUAUACAACGCCUCCGUCUUCUCCUCAGCCCAGCCCCAGCCUCAGUCACAGUCCCAGUCCAACUCUGCUCAGGAGCGGGCUGUGCCUCGGCAGGACAGCGUCAUCAAGCACUAUCAGCGCCCCACGCCUGCCCAGUCGCAACUCUCGUCCUCUGCUGCCCACUCCCUCCAGCACUACCUCAGCUGUGGAGGGGCGGGAUACCAGCAGAUAGCCACCCACCACAGACAUGCUGGCCUCUCUUGCAGCCCGCUGGGCGACCAGAGCCCCUCAUCUGACCAUAAGGCUGCCUCUCGCACUGAGCAGUAUCGGCCAAUUAUUCAGCCUCCAUAUUCUUCAUCCUCCUCCUCCUCUUCUUCUUCAGCUGGGAAAGGUACCAAAAGCAGCUCAAGCAGCGGCUACUCUUCUGCCAGUUCAGCAUCAUCCUCAAGAACUCCUCACACGCCCCCUUCUGCUUCCUCUACCUCCUCUUCCUCUUCCUCUUCUUCUGCCACCUCUGGGGCUCAUCCCUCCAACUCGAUCCCCACCUCCAGCUCCACUGCAGCCCCCCCUUCCAGGCAGCAGCCGCCCCCUCAGCCGGCUCCGCCUCCUCCGGCACCUCAGCAGCAACAGCCCCCUCCCACCUCCACCUCAGCCCCCCAGUCUCUCCCCAAAUCCUGCCUCUCAGGCUACGGUUCUCCUGUGCCCCCAGUGAAAACCCCCACCUCUGCUCUUACUGGUCAGACCCCUCCCCAGCAGCAGGCCCAGUCAUAUUCCCCCAAUCAGCCCCCCACCUCCCACCUGGCUCAGUCUUAUGGAGGCUUCAGUUCCCCACAAGCCCAGGACCUGAGCUCAGGCACCGGUGGGAAAGGCUAUGGGAGUUUAGGAGGGCGAAGUCAGUCAUACUCCACUGAUAUAUAUGGAGCUGAUUCAGCUUAUGGAUCACUUCCAUCCUCUCUGGGUGGAGCUGGAAGCCCAUCACUAGGCUACGGAGCCCCAGGUCAUUCCCCUGCCCUUUUAAGAUCAAGUGGUUCAUCAGGUAGUGGGGCGUCAGGGGGAGGAAGCAGCAGUGGUACAGGAAGUGGAAACUCUGGGUCAGGAGGCGGAGCAGGAAAUAGUAUGACCAAUGAGAGAGUUGGAGGAGGGAGUGGAGGAGGGUCUUAUCAUAUUCCAGAUUCUAGCCCCUCCCCUUCAGGCAACUCAGGCAUUAUCCGUCCAGGGUUGCACUCCCCAGUGCCUGCCUGCCCCACACAGUCACCAGGAGGUGCUGGCUCGAAUAAAUACAUUUCGUCAGUUCUCUCCCCGACCUUCCUCGCCUCCCCACAGGGCUACCCCGACACCAGAGGCCCGAGCUCCCAACCUCAGUCCUACCAUUCCACCUCCUCCAAAACAAAGGCUGACACCUCCAUGCUAGGAGUGGGCUCUCAGAGAUCCCAAGAAGAAGUAGAUGAUGACGACGAGUUCUUGAUCCAGCACCUGUUGCAAGCCCAAGCAAGUCCCGGUCCCCAGGCUGCUCAUCACCAUCCUCAACAGUCACAACAGACAUCCCAACAAUCGCAGCCUCAGCCCCAGUCGGUGCCACCAACCACAGAUACAGGCAAAGGGCUGAGCUACGACAUGGGGAAGUCCUCUGAGGAAAGGUACCACCCUCAGAGUGUCAUACGUACCCACAGUGCCACAUCUUCUGCUGGAGUGGGUAACGCAGGGUCUGGAGGGUCCAUCCCAGGGCUGGAAAAUCAGCUGGAGAUGUCACUAAAGAAACAGCAACAACAACAACAACAUCAACAACAACACCAUCAUCAACAGCAACAACAGCAGCAAAGGAACGAGAGGUCUGUUGGAAGCAGUAGAAGCAGUGGAGGGCGAGGCAGUGCUGAGCAAGUGCAUUCCCAUCUCCAUCACCAUGACAACUUAGGCUCCGUAGUUCACUACGGGCGGGGCGACCCGUACACACAACACUCCCUCGCUCCCCAACACUCGUCACACAGUCAGCACGUGUCCUCACACUCGCAGAUACCGUCCCGCACCCAAAUGGAACUCCAAAAGAAGCCACAGGACCGCGCAGAAAUCCCUUACGCUCGGAAAACACCGGAGAUCCAGCAACAGCAUUCCCAGUCUCAAGCUUCCGGCUCCCUCAUGGACUCCCCCACCGAUCAGUCCCGCCAGCCGCCACACCUGCUCCAGUCAGUGCUGUCCCAUACAACCCGCAACAAGCUGGAGCCUCAUCAGCAGCACCACAAGAUGGACUCUCACCCACAGCAUCAACAGCAGCACCACAAGAUGGACUCUCAUCGGCAACACCAACCGCAUCAGCAGCACCCAAAAAUGGACUCCCUCCCUCAGCACCAACAGCACCAGAAGAUGGACACCCAUCAACAUCAGCAGCACCACAAAAUUGAUUCCCAUUCACAACAUCAACAGCACCAUAAAAUGGACUCUCAUCCCCAACAGCAGCAGCACUCCAUCAGCCAACAGCAAGCCGUAAUGGAAGGUGCUGGCGGGAGACUCGCCUCAAGUAAACAUCAGCCUCAGUCUCAGUCCCAAACUACCCAGCUCCAGCUCCAACUCCAGUCCCAGGCUUUGGAGGUGGCAGCAGCUCAUUACAACCACGGGCCCCCUACACAUCCGCACGAGCAAAGCCAGGUUAAACAAAGCUCAGUGGUCUCUUCUUUGGACAUGCUGGAGCGCUCUCUUUCUCAGACCUCCAGCACAGACGUGGCCGUCGCAGAGGACAGACGCGGUGGAGGAGGUAGCGGGGGAAGGAGCGGAGGUAACAGCGAGCGCCUCAGACAGCAGGAGCAGCAGCAGAGGCAGCACCCAUCCCACCAUCAGCCGCAGCAAAGCCACCACUCGCAGCAACACUCGGCCUCCGAGCUACACUCCUUCCUCUCCGAGCCGGACAUCGGCCUGUCCACCCCUUCUCACAUGCACCACCUUUCGCAGCACCACCCGCAGCAGCAGCACCCCAGCUCUCAACACCAACAAACUCAUUCUCACCACCCUCACCACAUACCCCCACCCUCUGCCUCAGGCCACGCGCAGUCUCAGUCGGACCCUCAGCAGCCGCUCUCAUCCCAGCUCACCCCUCAGCAGAGCCAGCUGGACCAGCAGCGCUCAGAUCAGCACCAGUUUGACACAGUCAGCCCGGUGGAGAAAGCAGACCAGAAUCAACAAAGUAACCGCUUUGUGCCCCUAACGUCCAUCUGCUUCCCUGACUCCCUCCUUCAGGAUGAGGACCGCUCCUUUUUUCCGGGAAUGGAAGACAUGUUUUGUGCAGAUGACUACAAGUCAAGCUGUGCCGGUGGUGGAGGACCGGGGCAGGAGGAGAUGAAUGAAAGCCACACUGGGCAAGAGGGAAUGGAUUCCAUGAAAGGUGGACAGAGUGGAGGUGGAGCAGGGGGAAGUAGUGGAGCUAGCUAUGACAUAAUGGGUCACCAUGGUGGAGAUCAGGGUUAUGAGCAGUACUGUCAUGGCCUGGAAGAACCCAGCAACAACACCAUGACCCUGGACCUAGACUCCCUUAAAACCCAUGAGCUGCCUUCCACGGUCAACACUGAACAGCUUGGUUUGAUUCAGUCCCAGGCCCCAGCUAUGGGUAUGGGCGCCAAUAAUGCUGGUCCUAACAACUCCGGAGCUAAAAUGGCCUCUGGGCCUGGAGGAACUAGCGCGGGAGCGGGUUCUGGAGGCCUCCAGUCUCCCAUUUUCUGUUCAUCUCGUCCCAAGAAGCUCCUCAAGUCCAGUUCUUUCCACCUGUUAAAGGAGCGCCGGGACCCCAACACACUGCCUAAGAAAAGUUACGCUCAAGAAUACGAGUUUGAAGACGAUGAGGAUAAAGCCGACCAGCCAGCUGACAUCCGGUUGAACAGCCGGAGGCUCCCAGACCUUCUGCCAGACUUGGUGUCCAGCUGCAGAAAGGGAGGAGGGGGAAGUGGGUCUCUCAGCCCUCUAAUGGGUGACAUUGACUUCUACCACUCCUCUGGCUACUCAUCUAUGGGUUCACACUCUCUUAUGCCUCAGGAAGGCCCCAAGAAGAGGGGCCGAAAGCCCACCCGGCCCAAGAGAGAAGGUCCGCCCAGGCCUAGAGGCAGGCCUCGCAUCCGCCCUAUGCCUGAGCCCUACACCCCAAGAGGGAUGAUGGGGGAGAUGGGUGGAACAGUAGGAGGAGGGGGAGGGGGAUUCAAUGUGGAGGGGCGAGGUAGGGGCAGGGGCCGUGGAAGCAGAGGUAGAGGAGGGAGGAGGGAGGAUAUGUACAUGGAAAUGAGCGGGAAAGAGCAGGAGCAGAUGCAGCACCAUCACCUCCAGCAGCAGCAGCCACAGCAGCUUCAACACCAGCCCCAACAGCAACAACAUGAGCCGAUUCCACCUCUGAAGAUUAAGUUACCGAUUGGUACCUUGUCCUCCUCGGAUGCCUUGCUGAGGACGGACUCUUUGUCCGGCACAGACCCCGCUUUGUCAGACGGCUCAGUGGGCUCAGCUCCCUCACUUGGUUUAAGCCCCGGACCUCCAUGCAGCACUGAAAGCAACAGGAGUCAGGACAAGAACAAACAUAAAAGCCAGAUGAUGAGUGAAGGAGUGGAUGAAGAGGGGCUGGAGGAGAGGGGUGAUGAGAAGGAUUCUGAGUCCAAGGCUGGCUUCGUUGCUUCAUUCUUGGACUUCCUGAAGACGGGGAAGAGACCUCCGGGCUUGGACAUCUCACCAGGAAUGGAACAUGACAACGGUGAAACCUCACCCUGUAAAUCCGGGGGUCUCCGCCCAUUAUCUCCUGCGCCUCCUCCACCGCCACCACCUCCAUUCGGGGACGGCGAAGGAAACGGGGGUCUUGCUCUGGGCAACUGCCCCAGCCCCAAGCGCGUGGAGGAUGAGCUGAAGAGGAACUUGGAGACCUUGCCGUCAUUCUCCUCCGAUGAAGAGGACUCGGUCGGAAAGAACCAGGACCUCCAGAAGAGCAUCUCCUCAGCCAUUUCUGCUCUGUAUGACACACCUCAGCUAACGUCUAACAUCCAGACCCCGCUACCUCCUCCUCCUCCUCCCCAGCCUCAGCAGUCGCAGUCUCCUCUUACACCCACACUGCAGCCCCCAACGCUUAGCCCUCAGCCCGCCAUGCAUACACCCCACGCCCAACCCCAGUCCAACGAACCUGACGUGCUCCAGCCGGAAGAUGGAGACAUGGAUGAGAACAAGGAGGAGGAGAAUGAGGAGGAGAGGAGCACAGGAGAGGAUGAAGAGAGCGAUAUGAUGGAGGAGAGAGAACCACAGCUGGAAACUAUGGGGGCUCCUAAGCUUGAAAUGUCCCUCCCUGAGAUUCCACCGGCGCCAGAAACCCCCGAGCCUCCAUCCGCCCCUCCGUCUCCCGCCUCAUCUUCCUCUCCCUCUCAUUCCCCCCUCCCUCCCCUCUCGCUCCCCUCACCCCUUCCUCAACCAGAGGAACAACUGGAGAAUUCCCAGCCUCCAAGCCCCAUCGCCCCCACGUCCCUGUCUCCGUCACCUCCCCCGUCCACUACUCUCCCCCCACCUGCUGCCACCACUCCUCCUCCUCCUUCUCCUCCCCCUCCUCCUCCUCCACCUGCGACCACGGCGACCUCCCCUCCUCCCCCAUCUUCAGCUCAGAAGGAAGAGUCUCCCAUGCCAUCUCCGGAGUCCCCCGCCUCUCCUGAAGAGCUCCCACCUCCCAAGAUCACCUCCCUGCACUUGGCUCAGAAGCAAGAAGAUGCAGCCAUCGUCGGAGAGAGCGAGGAGGACGAGAGCGAGAGCGGCGGGGAGGGCAUCUUCAGGGAGAGGGACGAGUUUGUGGUGCGGGUGGAAGACAUUCGAACUCUCAAGCUGGCCCUGCAGACGGGCCGUGAGCCUCCACCCAUCUGGAGGGUGCAGAAAGCCCUGCUGCAGAAGUUCAGCCCAGAGAUCAAAGAUGGGCAGAGACAGUUCUGCGCCACAAGUAAUUAUCUUGGCUACUUCGGAGAUGCCAAGAGGCGUUACCAGCGAAUCUACGUCAAGUUUUUGGAGAAUGUCAACAAGAAGGACUACGUCAGGGUCUGCUCUCGACGACCAUGGCGCAGAGCCACACCUGCUCUCAGACGUCAAUCCCUCCCCAGGAUGGCUUCCCCUCCUGCUACCCAGGUGCCGCCAAAAGCCGUGGAAAAAGAGGAGAGAGUGUCUCCACCCAUCCAGCGCGAACAGCGGGAGAAAACGAGAACGACAAAAGAAACACGCAAGAAGGAGGAGGCGCCAGCUGUCGUGCCCAAAGCCAAGGAGAAAGACAGGGAGCCGGAGAAGGAGAAGCGAGUGCAGCCACCACAGGAGAAAGUGGAGAAACGCGCUGCCGCAGCAGAACGGGGGAGGGCUAGGGAGGAGAGGAAAGCGGUGGAGAGGAAGGAGAAGGAAAAGCCGGAGCGCCCUCCCAAGUCAAAGCCGGCAAAAGUGAAGGCAGAGCCGCCGCCCAAGAAAAGGAAGAAGUGGCUGAAGGAAGUGCCUUCAUCAUCUGAUUCAGACUCAUCGGAGGAAGCAGCCAGUGAGAAUGAAAUGCCAGUGAAAGGUGGAGUGAACAACCGUGUCAUGAGGGAGAUGUUCAGGAGCUACGUGGAGAUGCUGGUGAGCACGGCCCUUGACCCCGACAUGAUCCAAGCCCUGGAGGACACAGACGAUGAGCUGUACCUCCCUCCCAUGAGGAAGAUUGACAGCAUCCUCAGCGAACAGAAGAGGAAGUUGUUGAGGAGAGUUGGUAUGAGCUCUCCGCACCAGGAGGUCCUGCAUGCCUACCCACAGAUCAUUGUAGACCCCCUGGAUUCAGGAGUGGUGAGGGUGCGGCUGAGCGGCGACGCUUAUAACCGCAAGACCCUCAAUAGAGUCAAGAAGACCCUGCCUAAACCACAGGACCUUAAACUGUCAGGCGAGUCAUAUCGGAUCUACAGUCUGUACCACUCCCUGCAUCACUAUAAAUACCACACCUUCUUACAGUGCAAGAAAGAGACCAACACCAUUGAACAGGCAGCUGAGGACCCGGGCCAAGAGGAAGUGGUGCAGCAGUGCAUGGCCAACCAGAGCUGGCUGGACACCCUCUUCAGCUCCUUCAUCGAGCUGCUCACGCUCAGCACCAAAGCCUGAGUCGACCACAGAGAGGAAGGGAAUUAUUUUAACGCAAGAGGAUUAAAAAGACAAAGAAAAAACAAAAAACUGAAAGAGAUGGAUCCCACUGUACAGCCCCCCGCCCCCAACCCUCUUCAAAUCUCUGAGAUCUGAGGAUGAAUUUUCAAGGCCCUUGACGAACACAAAAGGGGUCUGUUCAUGUGACCUCAGACACUGGCCUCUGGUGUUUUUCUUGUUGUUGAUCAAUGACUAAAGAAAUGUCUUACUUUUGUGAGAAUGGGGGGGAACCCCAUCCAGAUCAGGGGUCACAGUGAGUCAAGAUGGAAUUGACCGUUGGUGAAAAGGAAGAGACGCGAGGUGGAAAGGACAAAGAGGAGGAGCUGUAACGCCAAGUCAAUGGAGGAGCCACUAACAUCUUGUUAACUGUGUGUCAUUGAGACAAUAGUUCAAAGAGAAACUAUUACUGCUUAGUUUUUACAUAAAUUAUUUUUUUGAAAAGACUAACAUCAGCUGUUGGCUUUUGAAAAGAAUGGAAGGGGGUGAGAAUGCUUUUUAAACUGCGUGUAGAGUGUGCCGUGAGCAGUGUGAACAUGGACUCGUCCACGGACAGAAACAUGAAAUGUGUUAAUAAACGCUCUCUCUCUGUCUCAUCCUGUGCUAUGUGAAGGGCAGCACCAGUCCGCUCUGUGAUAAUAUAUAAACACAUUUUUAUUAUUUAUAUGAGGAGGUUUUUAACUUAAACUCUCACAAGCGCUGUUGCUGCCCUAACAUUUUAAAUACCUUUUUAUUUUCCACAGGUUCAGUAUACAAUCGUAACCCACAUAUCCGAGUCGUCUUCCCCCCCCCCUCUAUACAAAAAAGAGCAGACGCUGAGACAGAAAUAUUGUAUCAAAUACAGUGGGUGUAAAAUAAAAAACAGAAGAAAAUGGGGAAAAAAGAAGAGAAUGGGAAAAUCUAUCUGAAACUUUACAUUGUUGUGCUUCAGUUCAAUCAUCAGUCAUGCAGGUGCAAAGAAAAAGAAGUAAACUAUCCGUUUCCCAUGUGGGAAGAAGGAGUAUAAAUAAGUAAUAUUUAAAGAGGAAAUAGUCAUUUCAUUUUUAUCAUUUUGAUGUCUGUGCAUACUAUUGACUUAUUUUGAAAACAAUCUAAUUUUCCAUAAAAAAGGAAAAAAAGGCGUGUAAAUAUUGUACAGUUCUUGAUGAAAUUCUUUGUCCUUCUGUACAUUAACUCCUGUAUUUGAGAAACAAAUAAA